CAAAUAUUUAGCGACUUGUAACUGGUGGAUUUCCUUUAAGAAAAAUGGCGUUCGUCGUUCGUCAAUCAGGAAGGCUUGUAGCCCCCUUAAACAACUAUCUUCGACCUGCCCAAUUUGGUAAACGCUGCAUUUCCACGUCUAAAAAGAACGAUGAAACGGCUGUCGUAACCGAAAAAAUUCCUUCGCAUGAAGCAACCCAAAACUCACACGAUGUGAAUACCACUGCUGCAGCAACUGCCGCUAAAAAGAAAUGGAUGAAUUAUGGUUUCCACCCGACAGACCAAUAUGAGGAUGUUGCCUCUGCACACAUGUUCUCAUUUCUUGGUGUGACAGUGUGCAUAGUCUUGGGCUCCUUUGCAUACUAUUACGGGCCUGACAGAACCUUGAGAGAUUGGGCCCAACGAGAAGCCUACCUUCUUGUUCGGGAAAGGGAGGCAAAAGGACUUCCUCUGUUAGACCCCAACUAUGUCGAUGAGUCCAAGAUUGUGUUGCCGUCUGAAGAAGAACUGGGUGACUUUGAGAUCAUCAUUUAACAUAAAUAAGUAACGAAAGAAAAUAACUGUAGAUGAUGCUUUGUGUAUACAAUAAACCAACCAACUGAAA